AGUUACGACAUCAAGGAAUAACAAAAUAUAUAUCUCGAAAAGGCCUUGGGACGAUAAUGAAUACGCCAUGUCACAAGUCGGCAUGAAUAUCACACACAACUUCGUGCACGUGUAUACUUCUCACGGACACAUACACUUAAAUGAUGAUAAACGUCGUCGCGUUGUAGAAUCGUAUUCCGCAGUGGUCUGUCGUAACAAAAUGUGUUUCGUGUAAUCUUUUGCUUCCCUUUCUUCUGGAUUAUUCGUCCACUUCAAUCGUCCAACGCAAGGCUGUUGAACUGUUGCAACGAAAUAUGAGUGUGAGACAACGAAAGCUGAGAACUGAAAAUGAAGAGAAGUACGAUAACGAAUUGGCACCCCGCCAGAAGAAAAGCACCAGUCAACUAGGAAGGAAAUACUUUACCAUACUGGUGAUACUUGGUAUAUUGUUCCUAGGCUAUAUUGCAAUAGCGAAUGACUUAAAACCGAUCAGAAUAGGUGGCAAAGCCAUCGAUUCAUUAGCAUUUUCACUUAAUUUACAAAAACCUUUCUAUGUUGUUGUUAUUGAUGCUGGCUCUACUGGCAGCCGUGUAUUGGCAUUUAGUUUCCAUGAGUCUAUUCUCAAUGGUAAUUUAAUACUGGAUGAUGAAUUGUAUAGUGAAGUCACACCUGGCUUGAGUUCAUUUGCAAACAAGCCAAUGGAUGCUGCAAAAUCUCUGACUACACUUUUGAACAAAGCAAAGACAGUGAUUCCACAAUCAGAAUGGUCUCGUACAAUGCUUACUAUGAAGGCCACAGCAGGAUUGAGAUUAUUACCUGAACAUAAAGCCAAUGCUAUAUUAGAAGAAUGCAGAAAGCUCUUCCAAAUAUCUGGAUUUCAGGUCACGAAGAAUUCCAUUUCUAUAAUGGAGGGUACAGAUGAGGGGAUUUUCUCCUGGUUUACUGUCAAUUUCUUGUUAGACCGCUUUACCUCACUCAGUUCUCAAGCCACUGUGGCUGCAUUGGAUCUCGGCGGGGGAUCGACGCAAGUUACAUUUCAGCCAGAUAGUGUUCAAGCUAAGGAGUUAGAGAAGCAUGUUUAUUCCAUCAAUGUAUUUAACCACAACAUGAGCCUGUAUACACACAGUUACUUAGGUAUGGGACUAAUGGCUGCCCGUAAGGCAAUUUUAACAUACAAUAUAAAUCUGGAAGACACUGAUCCCAAGCUGCCAAUAAAAAUACAUUCCGAAUGUGUGAAUCCAAUCGUAUCCACUGAAUGGGCUUAUGGUGGUCGCGAUUACAUCGUGAAAGGCCCAAUAAACGGCACAUAUAAACUGGUAAAGACUCAAAAUUUUGCUGGUGGAGACGAAAACAAACCAGUUGUGCGUUUUUCGGAAUGUUCGAAGAUUAUUGAAAAAUAUGUUGACACCCUUACGGAUAAACCGAUAGGUUUAAAAGAUCACGAAGUCUAUGCGUUUUCAUAUUACUUUGACCGCGCGACGGAGGUAGCAUUAAUAGAUCCGUUUUUAGGAGGAGUCGUGCAACUUGGUGCUUUCUUGAAACAAGCUAUGGACACAUGUGAUUAUCCGAAUACAGAUCAACCUUUUAUGUGUUUGGAUUUGACAUUUAUUUAUAUACUUCUGAGGAAUGGGUUCGGCUUGGAAUCAUCGACGAAAUUAUAUCUAUAUAAGAAGAUUAAUGGUCACGAAGUAAGUUGGGCUUUGGGAGCUGCAUUCAAUGUUCUACAAAAUGGGCUUUGACGAAUUGGAAAAGGUUAUUUAAGAAGAAAGUGUGUGAAAUAUUACAAUAAGAAAAAAUUUCAGUAUAUUACAUUAGUUAUAUGCUGUUAUUUAGGUGUAGGUUUUUUUUUCAAAUUUACUAUCAACUGAAGAAAAAGCGUAAGAAUACAAAGGAUAUAUAAUCUGAAAUUUAAGGGGAAAAGAAGAAAAAUAAUCGUUAACGAAACUUACAAAUUUUUAUACAAAAAUUUAGGAUAUACCAAGACAUUCGAUACUUCGAUUCGAUAUAUUACCGACGUCUACCGCACAAUUACCUAACAUUGUAGAUAUUAUCUAUUUUUCGUAUCACUUCUAUGGUAUGAAAGAAAAGCAGUAUUUAAUGUGUGUAUUUUUAGGUACAAAUGUAAUAUAUUUUUAUCUGAAAUAUCUUUACAAAUGGGAGACAUAUCGCCGUACAUUUGUGAUAGUUUAUUAUAAGAUUUGUAACUGUUUUACCUAUAUAUAGAAAGUGUAUUCAAUGA